CCUUCCCCCGGAUCCUCCUCCCCACCCCGGAGCCUCUUGCCGGGGCGGGCGCGAUGCUGGGUGCGGGCCUGCGGAUUUUGCGGGCGGGUCCCGGGGCCGUGGGGUCCACCCGCCGCAGCCUCUGCGCUGGAGCAGCGCCCAGCCUUUCCUACCGAGAGCUCAAAGAUUUGAAGAAGAACGACGUCCUCCACAUUGACGUGCGGGAGAGGUGGGAGAUCGACAGAGAUGGAAAAAUCCCGGCGUCCAUCAACAUCCCGUUGGGUGAAUUAGUGGAAGCUCUACAGAUGGACCCAGUGGAGUUCAAGGAGCAGUACAAUCAAAAGAUGCCAUCCAAAUCGGACCCUGUGGUUUUCUCCUGUUUGGCAGGAACAAGAAGUAAACAAGCACUCGCUUUUGCCAUGUCCUUGGGUUUCAACAGAGUUCAGCAAUAUGCUGGUGGCUUUGAGGAUUGGGUAAAACAUGAACCUCCAGAGAGAAAAUGAAGAUCACUGCCCCAACUCUUGUCCCAUCAAGGCUGCAGGAUGGUUUGUAGAUUUUAGCAUUCAAACUGUGCAUUGCACUUCCAGAAUCCAGCCCACUCCUGCUUUCUUGUGUAAAUAGACGUUCACUUUCAAAUAGCCAUGCAUAUCAACUGCUUGGUUUAAAUUAAAUCUGAAGACUACAACAUGAACAGAGGACAUUAAAUUUGCUCAUCCUUUGCUUUGGGCUGUGUUUUGUGGUGAAAGCAUGUGAAGAGAACCUGAGGGCUUAUUAUGUUUACUAAGAUUUUUGUAUGGUGUAGAUUAUGGCUCCUUAAACGAAUGCUGGUAGGACAAAUGAAAUCAUCCUUUCCCAGAUAACUGUGUUGGGUAGUUUGUUUGUAACAGUUAAACUGCAGAUAUUCUAAUGGAUGUGGGGAAACAGCCUCAAGCACAGAUUCAUCGUGCUUUAUGUGUACCUGGAGUUGUCAAAUAGUCAAAGAUUACAAGUGGAGUGAUUGUAAGGCCAAAACUUCAUUACUGAUUGGAAAACACAAAGGGAAACUGACUUGAUGCUAGAAUAUAUUGCGGGAUUCCUUGUUGCAAAAGCAUGUCCAUUUUUAGAUGCAUAUCUGCUUCUGAGCACAACAUGCUACAGCAUUUAGUCAACAACUUUUCCCAAGUGAGAACUUGCCUAUAUUUGACAGAGACAUAUACAGACAUAAUCAUUUUAGGCUGGAAAAUUUCAGAUGUCCAAGGCAGUUACUAACCUCUCUUCUUUCUUGUAUGUAUGUUAAUUUGUGUGUCUUAAACUUUAAAACAAUGCAUUCCAUCCCCACCUAUAAAUUUGCAUAGUCAUAAUUUUAAGGAUUUAUUUGGUUUUUAGUGCUGAUAGCAGUUAUGAGGAACUAGCAAAGGUGACUUGCUUUGGCCUCUGGAAAAUGUAAGUUCUAGCACAGAAGUUCAGGACUCUGCAGGAUAUCUGGAAAAAGGAACUAAAAUGUCUUGUUCUGCUCUGAUCAGUACAGCAGGCAGCGUGCUCUUACCGUACAGCUCUUCCAUUCUCCAUUUCUAAACACCCCUGCUGUUUAGAAAAUAGAGAAGAAAAAGUAACUGAUCUUACUAGAAAUUCACUUUUAUUAAGUCUUGCAGUCUCUCUGCAGCCUUUCUUUUUCUAGCCAACUCCCAUAGCUGGCACAGCCGGCUUUUAGCUGUUCUGCCCUGAUAGUGUAUCUUACAGGGGUUUCUGUUCUCUCCUCUUUGCUAAUAACUGGAGACCCUGGAGCGUAGCUGCCAUAACAUUGAGUAACCAGUACAUUUUUCUUCAGUCACAUUGGCUUUUAAGCAACCUUAUUGCUAUACUUUAUUUCUAAUCAAUUAAAAAAAAAAACCACAUCAACUUAAGAACCAGAAUUUAGACUAAUUUCCAGAGUAAUGGUUUAGUAUAACUGAUGAAUUAAUGGAAGAUGAAAUUAAAUGUCAGGAUGAAUAUGGGUGUUAACCUUGUUGUUACUCUUCAAUUCUCACUAUCUUGUUCUUGAAAGGUCUUUUUCAGACCGGAUCGGGAGGAGUAAUGGAUGCAAACAGUUUUGUUGGAUUUAGCCAAAUCCUAUAAUGUGUUAAUUUUGCCUGUUCAAUGUGACCUAGACUGCCAGUUUCACAGUGCUGUGGGCAUGUACUCAAAGAGGUAGCUGAAGCCCAACCAAUGAAGCCCAUGGUUGGCUGCAUUGUGCCAAGCCUCACCAGGACUAGUGGUGCCUUUUGAUCUAGAUCAUUGAGGUAAGAUUGCAUAGAAAAUUUGAGACACACUGAAAAUGUUUAGCUAAUGUGUCAUUAUCCAUGCCUAGCUGUAUUGAUCAAGCCACAAGACUUCUGUGUAUGGAUGAACAAAGCAAGGAGAUUUAACCAACUAAACUUAGUCACAAUUUAGUCCUAAGUGGCCAAUGCUACCUUCUGUAGCUACAUUGAAGUUUGUUUGGAACAUGUAAAACUACAUAGCUACAAACAAAUAAACAACAAAUGGUUACAUUAGGCCUCUAGUGGGAGGUGUCCCUGCCUAUCACAGGGGGGUUGGAACUAGAUGAUCUCUAAGGUCCCUUCCAACCCAAACUAUUCUGUGAUUCUAUAUUGGGUCACACCAAGACCUGUCUAACCCAUUAUUUUCUGUCUGGGAGCAGCUGGUAAUAAACAUCUGAGGAAGAGCAUAAACCAGGCCCAGUAUGUAGUGAUGCAAUCCUCAGAUUAUUUUCACAAAUCAAGAGUGCUUUGAUACUUCCUUUGUAUGUCUUUGUAUAUUUGGGUAUUUGUAAAUGUUCAACACAAACUCCUAGCAGUCACAGGAAGGCUGCUUUGGGUUCAACAAUGCAUUGUGAGCGGAAGUCUUUCCCUUUGUUGUUUCUGAACUUUCAUCGGAUGAUCCUGCUUCUUCUGUCAGAAGUGAUAAACAGUGAUCACCUCAUCAGUCUUCCCACCACUCAUGACUGUCUAAACCCCUGCUAUCUUUUCUGAGCUAAAGAGUUGUUCAUUUAUUUUUUUAAUAGGAAAGCCACUGUAUAACCUCUUCCAUUUUUUUUAAAUCUUCAUUAGAUUUCAUUAGCCUUGGUAGUUUUCUGCAAGGUGUUUCUCAAACAAUUUGUAGCUUGUCAAAGCUGAUGAACCUUUCUGCAUCUUCCUCUGUUUCUUUGUUCUGGGGAUAUAACUUGCUUUUUGAGUUAAAUAACUUUUCUGAUCCAGUUCAGUUUGCUUCCUUUUAGAUUUUUCCUUAAGUCUUUUUGGCACAGAUGGCCUGUGUUUGCUUUGACACUCUGUACACCAGUAACCAAACAAUCUGUGAAGGCUUACAGCUACCUGUCUUACAUAAUGAUAUACCUUAUUUUUAUGUGUUGAAAUGAAGCACAGUAAAGGUGCUUUUUUUCUGUGUGGGUGGUAGCAAAGCUGUUGAUUUCACAUUAUGUUCCAUUUCCUGUUGUUCUUAUCUACUUCUUUCUUUUUAUAACUGUCAUCACUGAAGCCAGUUCCUUUCACUGCAUUUUAUUGCCUUUCACUGUUCACACUGGAGUCAGAGCUGGUAAAACUACCCUCACCUGCCCAGUAGAGAUACAACCUUUAUUUUACAUCAGGAAAUGCCUGAUAAUUCAGUUCUGAGGUUUAGGUCACACAGGUAAUUUAGGUUUAAAGUCAAGUCUGCGAAGGCUGUUGAGCACCAAGAAAACUCUUAAUCACUCCAGCCAGCAUUCUCCAUUAAUAGUGCAAAAUCCCCAAUUUCAAAACCUUUGCUUUCUUAGCAGAUUGUGUGGUCUGUGUGAGAAGACUGACGUGAACCUAAAGAACAGAUCCUGUUUAAGAACUCCACACAAUGGUCAAUUUGCAUUGGUUUAUUUCUACUCCCCAAGUCCACAUUACAAAUAGCACAUUUUAGACUUCCAGAAACGAAGGCAAAUGGCCAAAUUCCACUUCAUCGGUCUAUAAAAGGUAUGGAUCAAACGGCAACAAAAGUAGCAAAGACCAAAAUGCAUACAUUUUCUAUUGGGCUUGUUUACCUAAUGUUUUACAAAAAUAACCUGAACGGAAAUAAAUGCCAGGAGCUUAAUGGGCCACAUACAAACACACUUCAGUUCUAUUUCACUGAAUGACCAGCAAAAUACAGAGAUGGGGAUUUGCAAAAUCAGGUGGUGUAUUUAAGGGGCCAUUUUUUUUGAACCAAGACACAUUGUAGAACAAGGAAUUUCAAGAACUUCAAUAUUUCAGACCAGUGAAAUGUGGGGUUUUUUUCAGGGAAAAAAAAAAGAACUGAGAACAAUGUUACUGCACUUUAUUUUAUCACUCAAUUUUUUAUACUUGGGCAAGUCAGCAUUAUCAUUCCAAAUGAAGUUGUACAGAACUUAAUUAGAAACAAAGUUAUCUAAAAAUAAAUUUCAUUUAGGCCAAUUCCUGACUUCAGUGGGAUAACUGCCUGAGUGAGGAACAGAGGAUAUGGCCUUCUGUUUGAAGUAAUCUCCCUUUCUCCAGCACACAGUUAACCAAGGAAUCCCGUUUCAGUUAUUCUAAAGAGUUGCUCCUAAAAUCACAAUUAAAAUUAGCCAGUAUGAAGCUCACUGAAAGCUUGAUCCUCUUUCAAAUAAACUCACACAAAUUCUCACUAACAGUGAAA